AUGCAGCGCUAUUGCACCCAAUCAGAUGAUGGCGCCGAAGACGAGCCCGUCUCAUCCACCACGAACGAGCCUGGUUCCGACGAUGACAACUACAACCGAGAGGACAGCCUGACCGAAGACCAGGGCCAGCUGUCACAUAGCCACGACUCAACUGGUACCGGUGUGGACCUUAAGCUCGCUACGCUUCUCAACGGACCACAGUGGCAGAAGCCAAAUCCGUACACACGUCGCGCAGCUAGAGUAGACUACAGCCUCAAAAAGAAGCCCUCGCAAUCUGCCCAAAAACGGCCUCCACAAAAAAUCAAAGCGGACGACAAUCGAGUCCCGCCCCUUGCACCUGACCCUGAUACUUUAGUGCGCUGGGACGAACGCCGGGAAGAGGAGCUGAGACCCCACUCGUUUGUCGAUACUUUCAUUAGCACCAAAGACGACUCAAGUCGCUGGAUCUACGAGGGUGACCUAAAGACACACCCCAUCAGCGAAGGGUCUCUCGAAGGAGCCUACGACGGCGCGUCACAAAUCUUUCACGAUAUGCGGGUCAACGACUAUGCUCCGCCCGGCGGUCCUAGUAACAUCGUGCAGGAGUACCUUUCUCCGGACGAUCCCUGGAUCGCCAAUUACCAAGAUUUCAAAGUGCUCACUGAUGCGGAGAAAAGAGAGGUGAUUGCCCGCGAAGCUGAGGAACAUGGUCUUGAAAGACCAAAGGGCUGGAAUGUGUCCUUUCACUACAAUCCACAUGUUGAGUAUCAUCACUUUGGCAGCUCACAUCCAAUGAAGCCAUGGCGUUUGACGCUGACGAAACAGCUCGUCCUUGCGUAUGGAUUAGAGUAUACUAUGGAUCUGUUCGAACCGAAACCAGCGAGCAAGAAUGAUCUUGCCAUAUUCCAUGACCGCGAAUAUCUAGACUAUCUCAGUAUGAUCACACCUCAAAACGCGCAGCCUGAAGACCCACAGUACAUAACAUAUGGCUUCGGCGGUGAGUCAAACGACUGCCCGGUAUUCGAUGGACUCUGGAAUUACGUAUCACUUUACACUGGAGCGACGAUGAGUGCCGCCUACAACCUUAUCAACAACCAAUCUGACAUCGCCAUCAACUGGUCUGGAGGGUUACAUCAUGCGAAGAAGAAUCUCGCUUCCGGAUUUUGCUACGUCAACGACAUCGUCAUAGCGAUACAAACGCUACUUUCGCGGAAUCAACGCGUUCUAUACAUCGAUAUCGACGUUCAUCACGGUGACGGUGUCGAGCAAGCGUUUGAGUCUACAGACCGUGUCUUCACACUCUCGUACCAUAAAUACGGCAUUGACAAACACGGCUACCCGUUCUUUCCAGGUACGGGGAACAUCGACGAGACGGGUCCUGUAGACCCCAGGAAUCCCGGCAAAGCUCACAGUUUGAAUAUUCCCAUCGAUGAUGGCAUCGACGAUGACCAGUACAAGUGGCUGUUCAAGACAGUCACAGGCGCCGUGAUCGACAAGUAUAAUCCGCAAGCUAUUGUUCUCCAAUCGGGAGCCGACUCUCUUGGUGGCGACCGUCUCGGUCGCUUCAAUCUCAACAUCAAAGCGCAUGGCUACUGUGUCGAGACGGUAAAAGCCUACGGUCGCCCCCUACUUAUUAUAGGCGGCGGUGGCUACACACCUCGCAAUGUCGCACGAACAUGGUGCCACGAAACUUCUGUUUGUGUAGGCGCGACGCUCCACAACGAGCUACCCGCCCAUGUUCCCUACCUCCAAGCCUUCAAAGGAGCUGAAAACGGCGACGGUGUUCUAUACCCUGAUCUACACAACACAAAGCGACACGACAACCUGAACUCGCAGGCCAAGCUGCACAAGCUGGUCGAGCAAGCGCUAGAGAAUUUAAGAUACUUGGAGGGCGCACCUAGCGUGGUGGUGGAUACUAAAGGCAUACCCUUGGAAGAGCUCAUGCGGGUCAGAGAAGCGAUUGAUCGAGAAAUGGAGGAAGAGGCAGAGGAAAAGGCGCGUCUCUCCGUCGAGAACAGUAGGCGCAAGAAGGAGAAAAAUAUCGGUGGCAGAGGUGAGCGGAGGUAA